UGUCUCAACAGAAAGAAAGAAAGAAAUUAGAAAUGAGAAGGAAAGCUACACAGGAUGGCAGUAUUCGUGAUUACUCGCAACCCUAAGCCCAGAUUUCAACAACAACAACAACAACAACAAAUAACAUCAUAGUGUUUUAGUGUCUCUCAUAUACGGAUGAAGUUUCUAUUGUGUUGGGGGGUCAUGCGCCCUGACAGGGUGGUGAAAAGUGAGGUUGAGGAGGAGCAGCAGGAGGAGGAGGAGGAAGGGGAGACUACGAGGCUGGCGCCGCUGUUUCCGGCUCCGAGGCGGAGGAGGGUGCGGCGAGCCUCGGCGGGUGAGGCGGACUGGAAGCCGAGUCUUAGCGCGAUAUCGGAGGACAUGGUGAUGAUAGAAAAGAAGAAGAAAAAGGAAGAGGAGGAGGAGAAGAGGGCGAGUUCUGAAAGGGUCGCCAACUCCAAGAGGAAGACCAGUACUGCUCAGUCUCGAGCCCGUGUUCUCGUUCGUAGCUAUAGCGAUGACUACGAGAGAAGUCACAUGCCGACGAUUAUUCCAACAUUUACUCCGGCACCAUUCAUGUUCUGAAUCUUCUGAUGGCGUUCACCUGAGCUUUCUCGUUAUACGGGAGUGUACAUAAGUUAAUCGUAUUUUAUGAAUCCAAGUGCAAAUUCUGGAAAUAAAUGCUAUUAUUAUUUAAUAGUAGUGCUUUAAACCAGUUUUUGCAUUUUAUAAAAUGCGGUAGUCUUCAACAGAAAUACAUUUAUAUGAUAGCAAUUUUUAUGCGAAUAAUUAUUAGUGAAAGAAUGUGUUAUAUUUAAAUAAAACUUAUCAACCUUAAGGGAUUGAUUCGAUGGUUCUUAAGAUUUUUUGAGAUCUUAUGGGAUUAUACAUACUGUUAAUAGUUAGGUGUUCGAAGGCUUUUGAAUACUCAUGUUAGCCAUAGAUCAAUUUUAUCAUGUAUAUAUAUGGCAAAUGAUUUUUUAUA